AUGAAGAUCUGCGUGGCCACCAUUCUGUCAAUCGCCCUCCUUCUGGGUAACUCUGUCAAGCUCCGAGCUUCCGUUACUGGGCCGGUUCCCUCGGAUGGCGAUGGUCCUGCGUCUCAGGAGUGUCAGCAGUGCUGCCAGGGACCUGCCGCAAUACCCGGCAUACCAGGUCUGCCUGGCCCAGUAGGACCGAUGGGGCCGUACGGUCAGCCGGGGUCAAAGGGCGAUGCAGGUCACCAAGGUGAGAUUGGCCCUAUUGGACCUAUGGGUGAGCGAGGAGCACCUGGGAACACUGGGUCUAAAGGUGAUGACGUGAUUGGUCUGCCCGGCAAGAUAGGUCCGAAAGGGCUACCUGGUUUUGUUGGAGGAACUGGAGAAACUGGUGUCAAAGGUCAGAAGGGUGAGCCAGGGGAGACACCAGACGACUCCAACCAGCGGGUGGCAUUCACCGUGGUGAGGACGAGCAGCUCGGAUGAAUCUACAAGUGUCGACACCCGUUUGCCCUUCCAGCAGACCGAGACGCUUCUGCCGGGUACCACCUUCGAUCUCGAGACCGGCACGUUCACCUGUAGUGUGCCGGGUACCUACGUAUUUACGUUUUCUGUUCUUAAGAAUAGCAACAGCGGUAGCUUUCACAUCCAUCUUGUUAAAAACGACCACAAGGUGAUUUCCACCUAUGGUCAAUCAAAUCAACGAGGUCAGUUGUCUGGAAGCGCGGUGCUGGUUCUGCAGCGUGGAGAUAUGGUGCAUGUUACCAUGUACGGUAGGGCGUAUGGUGAACCCACCCAUCACUACACCUCAUUCAGUGGGUUCCUCCUUUACCCGGAGUCAAUUAAUUAA